AUCUUGAAAUUUACUUACUUAGUGUUAUGGACGUGUAUAUAUAUUGGUUGGUAAGUAAACCCCUAUCAAGCAGUAGUAGGGUUAUAUCUGAUCUAACGAGGCAGUUUCUAUGUUAAUUGUCUGCAUCAUUAUUCGUAGUUGAACGGUAACCAUCCACAGUUGAGCGGUUUAAUCCAUCAGGGACGCUCGAGCACUGGCUUUUUAUCAGUACUUUCGAUAUCAUUGCUACCUGUCUGGUAUUCCACAAUCGUAACAGAUAUGUCUUAUUAAAAGAGAUUCGAUAUCAGGUAGUGUUUUAAUCACACAUCUUGCAUGUACAAGUAUGCUCAAACUAUUGAAUCUCCGUAAACACCUUUGCAUCACAUUACGAAGCACACCGUCAAAUCGCUUCUACUCCUCGGCUUCUGGUGGCGUGGGCCUACGCGACAGAAUACAAAGUAAUCAAAACUUUGCCAAACACACUAAUGUGCAUGACGCUAGUGGGCUGUACACAAGCAUUAUAAAUUCGGAAUUCGACAACUAUGUCGACCCGAAUUCCAAAUGGCAUGCGUUGACAAAGCUCACACCGUCGCAUCCAGUGUCCAUGGACAUGUGCACAUUCGUAGCUACUAUUAGCCAUAUCAACAAUAUCGAGAAUUCAGAUAUGUCCACUGCGCUAACGCGUGAACAGGCCACGCUGUUGCCUAGCAACGGGAGGUUCGCCAGCGCACUUUCGUCCGCACAGCUACUGAGCCCAGAUGAGCAUGAAUCUCCGAAGUCGACCCCAGCAGAUACCAAAGCACUUCACAACACCCAACAUAAGCCAAACAUUACAGAACCAGACAAACCUAAAAACAGGAACACAAAGGUACUUCUCAAAUGCGACCUGCAGGAUGCACAUGGCCACACGUUAGUGAAGACGGUCCAGCAUGGGGCCUUGCUCGGUCCGAGGAAGGACUUCAAGGAACGGCGCACACACGUGAAGAAACGCCUACCGCAAAUAUCGGACACAGAGUUCUCCUUUGCACGGCCAGAAGAUGUGGGUACGCUGAGAGAUGGCUCUCCUGUGCUGAUCGGUGGUUUGACAGAGAUGGGCUAUGGAGAGACUGCUGCUGUACAAGAGGAGACUGUCCACAAUGCAGAUAGGACUAACAGCGAAUGUACUAGUGGUGAAGGUACGCCGCAACCACCGGGGAGCGUGCACGGGCAAUUAUCAUCUACCGGUGAUGCGGGUCGUGUAAUGCAAGUGCUGAGCUUAACCUCUCUGGACCGGGGCUUGACAUCUCACCGGUACGCUACCGGUUCGGGCGACCACGUGAACGCAAUGCUACUAAAGUUAAUCUUGCUGCAGACGGCACACCUUGUAGCCGCGAGGGUGAAUUACCCAUCCAACACAGCCCUUGCACACACACCCGCCGAUCUCGAGAUGAUUGCUGGCGAUAUCAACUUCAUGCGCUAUGUUGAGUUCUCCUCCAUUCUGGAUUUACGCGUGAGCCAUGUGCGACGGUUGCCGAAAUCCGAGCUUCGCCCAUUCGAGGCUACGGAGGCGGGAAUGCCCUGUGUGGAGUGGUGCGCGCCAGCACAAGGCACAAGGGCCGGAGUGGAUAGUGUGCUACAUAUGAAUGUUAAGGCCUACCAGGCAGACAAGUUAUGUUGUCGCGCCUCUGUGUAUUUUGCACCCGCGCAAUACAGCACGCCGAUACUUUGACGAGAGCGGCCGAGAGGUUAGUUGGCGCAGAAAUCAAAUAAAGUACUAAUAGACUGGGCUAUUCACGAGAGACUCAAUCCUUGCCCAUCAC